UCUUCUCCUUAGUAAGAGUCCCUUCCCAGCUCUUUACUGCACCCCACCACUGUCUCCAUCGUCCUGUAUCUUCUUCCCCUGCGGUGUUUGUCACUGGGAACUCAGAGAAACAGAGUAGGGGAGAAAGUGAAAAAUCAUAGGGAAGCAAAGGACACCUCUUUGCAUUUGCAGUGAUUUUACUCUUGCAGCUGUUUUAGAGUGAGAGAAAGUUGAAAGAGUGAGAAAAAAAAAGGGUGUUUGUUUGUUGGGUGUGUUUAUAACCAAGAAAUGCAGCAGCACCUGAUGCAUAUGCAGCCCAUGAUGGCAGCCUAUUACCCCAACAACGUCACUACUGAUCACAUUCAACAGCCCAGAUUAAUGGGUGUUGCAAUCUUUUGAGCUAGCUUGUUCCCAGAACAAUCUUCUGUAGCUUUGCUUCUGCAAGCUUUUAUCUUUUGUUUGUUUUUCAUGUAUUUUGGUUUGUGGGCAUUUGGGAAUCUUUUAUUUCUAUAUCUGCUUAUCAACUUCAAAUGGGUUUGGUGUUGGAGUUUAUGUUUUGAUUUUGAGGGCUAGAUGCUAGGGUUCAACUGUGUUUCCUUCUUUUUUAUAUUUAUUUUUGGGUUUGCACCUUACCAUUCUGUAAUAAGGAAUGCAUUUCUUUUCUGCAUCUUAGAUCAUUUUGUAAUCCUGCACUUUGAGCCAGUCAUUGGCUGCAUCUGUCACUCUAUCUUAUAAUUUAUUGUUUCUUCCUUUUUGCUUUUGUAUUGGAUUUAGUAUUGAUGAAUCUGAUGAUUAUUUUAAUCUCUUAUGUCAUUCUUCAUUUUUGUUCUUAGCUAAAUUUGAUUGGAUUAUGGAUAGACCUAGUAUGUUUGCUGCCUUUCACAGCCAUUUGCAGAGUUGUUGGUCUUUUGCUCGGUUAAUUUCUUUAAAUAAUCAUCAAUGAAAAAGCAUAACUUGU